AUGUCGGAGAAGGCGCCUCUCAUCCCGGAGCAGCGUGUCGCCGACGACCGGUCAUCAUCGCGAUGCCCGUACGCCCAACGGUGCUCCGCCGGAAGAGCCGUCGUCAAGGUCUUUGUCCUUGCUGCUGCUGCCGGAUUUCUGUUUUACAACAUCCCAAAUGCCCAGAAUGACGUGGACGAGAGCAAGACCCCCGUUUGCAUGACUCCGGCCUGCGUCCAUGCCGCCUCCGAGAUCCUUUAUAACUUGUCGCCCGACUACAAGGAGCUCGACCCAUGCACCGACUUCGAGGAGCUGGUGUGCGGUGGAUGGAGGGACAGACACGACCUGCGUGCCGACCAGGGCGAUGCCUUCACCGGCACCAUUAUGUCGGAGAACUCGGAGCUCCUACUUCGUCACAUUCUCGAGACUCCUUACCCCAAGGACUCCCAGCAUUCAUUCUUUUCGCCACUCCGGCUCGAAGCUACCGAUAAGUCCGCCGACGAGCAGAACUUCGACAAGAUGAAGGCCGCAUACGAUGCAUGCGUGGACGAGGACAAGAUCAAGAGCGUUGGCAUUGAGCCUCUCGCCCAGAUCCUUGACGAUAUCAAAAAGGUCUAUCCCAUCGAGGGUGCCUCUGCUGUCGACGCCACCCCGACCAAGGAUGCCAUCCUUCUUCUCGCUAGAUACGGUGUCGACGCCCUUGUUGCGGCGGGCACCGGCGCGGACGACAGAGAUCCGGAUACGGUCGUGGUGUCUGUUGCCCCCCCGUGGAGCUUGGGGCUCCCCUCAAAGGAGCGAUAUGAGGACGACAAGCUCGUAGAGAAAUACCGCGGCGUUGCUGUCGAAGUACUCGGCAACAUCUUCCCCGACCAGAACAAGGACAACUUUGCCAAGGUCAUCGAUCUCGAGAAGCUGCUGGCGGCUGCUUCCCCGAGCACCGAAGAGCGUGAAGACGUCACCAAAUACUACAACCCUAUGCUGAUCGACGAGGCUUCUGCGCUCGCUCCUGAGAUCGAGCUGACGGCGCUGAUUCACGAGCUGUCCCCCGAAGGCUUCAUUGUGGAGCGCGUCAUUGUCACGGCACCAAAGUACAUGUCGGAGUUGUCCACAAUUCUCUCCGGAACCGACAAGGAGGUCAUCCAAAACUACUUUCUCUGGAAGGCCAUCCAGUCCUUCUCGUCUUACGUCGAUGCCGACGCCGUCAAGCCCUACAGGCGCUUCGUCAAUGAGCUUGCUGGAAAGGACCCCGAAUCCGCUCCCGAGAGAUGGCGAACCUGUGUCGGCCACGUCGACGACGGCUUAGGCUGGAUUCUAAGCCGCUUCUUCGUCGAGAAGGCCUUCUCUGCCGAAGCCAAGAAGUUUGGUGACACCAUUAUCACCGACAUCAAGACGGAGUUCACCAAGAAGCUCAAGGCCGCCAAGUGGAUGGACAAAGAAACCACAGCAAAGGCGGUUGACAAAGUUCAUAACAUCGUCCAGAAGAUUGGCUACCCGACCAAGAGCCCCGAUAUCAUGGACCCUCCCAGCCUCAGCGACUUCUACAGCUCGGUCAACGUCAGCUCCGAGACCUUCUUCGAGAACGCCCUCACCGUCCGCAAGUUCGCCGUCGGAUACGAAUGGUCGGCUCUCGGGAAGCCUGUUGAUCGUGAGCAGUGGGAUAUGACCGUCCCUACUGUGAAUGCCUACUACAACCCGCCGGGCAACGAAAUCGUCUUCCCUGCCGGAAUCAUGCAGUUCCCCGUCUUCGACGUCGAAGUCCCCGCCUAUAUGUCAUACGGUGCCUUUGGCUCUGUUGCCGGACACGAGCUGAGCCACGCCUUCGACUCGACCGGCCGCCACUUUGAUCAAAACGGCAACUACACAGACUGGUGGUCCGAGGACACCGUUAAGGCCUUCAAGGAGAAAGCCGAGUGCUUUGUCGAUCAGUACCACAACUUCACCGUCCCGGGGCCGGACGACAAGCCCCUUCACGUGAAUGGGCGCCUUACUCUUGGUGAGAACCUUGCCGACGCCGGCGGCCUCUCGGCCUCGUACCAAGCCUGGAAGCGCCGCGCACACAAGCACCCUAACAAGGACCUCCCGGGCCUGGAACACUUCACGCAGGAUCAGCUCUUCUUCGUUACCUACUCCAACUGGUGGUGUGGCAAGUCGCGCAAGGACACUGCCAUCAACAGGAUCUAUACUGAUCCUCAUGCGCCCAAGUGGGCUCGCAUCCUUGGCACUAUGGCCAACAGUCGGGAGUUCAAGGAGAGCUUCCAGUGCAAGGACAAGAAGCCGACCUGCGAGCUUUGGUAA